GCACCCCUCCUCUCCUCCCUCCGACCUGCCCUUCCCCGCGGGAUUGCCACCCCCGCCUGCCCCCCAACCCUUUUCUCCCCGCCGAGCGGCGGCAACAGCAGCAGCAGCAGCAGGAGGAGGAGCCGGAGCCCAGAGGCUGCGGUGGCCCGGGAGCCCAUGGCGUACAGUCAAGGAGGCGGCAAGAAGAAAGUCUGCUACUACUACGAUGGUGAUAUUGGAAAUUAUUAUUAUGGACAGGGACAUCCCAUGAAACCUCAUAGAAUCCGCAUGACUCAUAACUUGCUGUUAAAUUAUGGUUUAUACAGAAAAAUGGAAAUAUAUAGACCCCAUAAAGCCACUGCUGAGGAAAUGACAAAAUAUCACAGUGAUGAGUAUAUCAAAUUUCUACGGUCAAUAAGACCAGAUAAUAUGUCUGAGUAUAGUAAGCAAAUGCAGAGAUUCAAUGUUGGAGAAGAUUGUCCAGUGUUUGAUGGACUGUUUGAGUUUUGUCAGCUUUCCACUGGUGGCUCAGUUGCUGGGGCUGUGAAGCUAAACCGACAGCAAACUGAUAUGGCUGUUAACUGGGCUGGAGGAUUACAUCAUGCAAAGAAAUCAGAAGCAUCAGGGUUCUGUUAUGUUAAUGAUAUUGUGCUUGCCAUCCUUGAAUUACUAAAGUAUCAUCAGAGAGUCUUAUAUAUUGAUAUAGAUAUACAUCAUGGUGAUGGUGUUGAAGAAGCUUUUUAUACAACAGAUCGUGUAAUGACUGUUUCAUUCCAUAAGUAUGGGGAAUACUUUCCUGGCACAGGAGACUUGAGGGAUAUUGGUGCUGGAAAAGGCAAAUACUAUGCUGUCAAUUUUCCAAUGAGAGAUGGUAUAGAUGAUGAAUCAUAUGGGCAGAUAUUUAAGCCUAUUAUCUCAAAAGUGAUGGAGAUGUAUCAGCCAAGUGCUGUGGUAUUACAGUGUGGUGCAGACUCAUUGUCUGGUGAUAGGCUUGGUUGCUUCAAUCUAACAGUCAAAGGUCAUGCUAAAUGUGUAGAAGUUGUAAAAACUUUUAACUUACCAUUACUGAUGCUUGGGGGAGGAGGAUACACAAUCCGCAACGUUGCCCGAUGCUGGACAUAUGAGACCGCAGUUGCCCUUGAUUGUGAGAUUCCCAAUGAGCUGCCAUAUAAUGAUUACUUUGAAUAUUUUGGACCCGACUUCAAACUGCAUAUUAGUCCUUCAAACAUGACAAACCAGAAUACUCCAGAAUAUAUGGAAAAGAUAAA